AUGUCCCGGAACCUUCGCUCACCUUUUGGUGAUGAAGAUGCAGUAUCUGAUUCUGACACUCCUGUUUCGCCCGUUCUCGCCGCCCGCCAACGACGCGCGAGCCGUCAUCGCAGAAACCGGACCUCAGUUACGAACGAGGACCUGAUCAGCUUCCGCGAGAAAAUACUCGGUAUCCCACGUUCAGAGCAGCCUGCUAUCCCACGUUCCGAGCCCAAGGAAGAAGACGAGGACUUCUCUGCUAUCAACGCUGCUGUUGCAGCUUUCAGCAUGUCUGUCAACCAAGGCAGUCCAAACGUAGCUAAUAAUACCAAUACCAACAAUAACAACAACAACACUUCUACCGCCGCUGCUCCGUCGAGCUCUGCCAGUGUAGUGUCUACUUCUGGCUUGUUCACGAAUCUCUUUGACUCAAACAACAACAGCAACACCGUGAACGCGUCUGGCAACCCCGCAGCCAUGUCUGCUCCUCGUCAUAGCAACUCUGCUCCCCCCAGCCCCGCCAUGAUUAACGGUACUCCAGCAAUGCCGGCGAUGAAUGCCUCCUUCCCAAUGAACGCUGGACACCAGAUGGACCUUAACCAUCUCUAUGCAAUGGUGAACGAAUUAAGCGAGGUCUUGAAGAACAACCGUGACUUGACCAGCGGCAUUAUCAAGAGUGCUGAAGAUAUUGCUCGUCGUGCUGCAGCUGAAGGAACCACUCCAAAUUUGCAAGAAGUCAAUGGAGAGAUCACUGCCACACGCAUUGCCGAGCUCGAGCGUGCCCUUGCAAGAGAAAAACGCCGCGUUGAGACACUCCGCCACGAGCAGGUUGAGAACAUGAAGUUAAUUGCCGAGUAUGAGAACGCAGUUGGAACUAUGGUCGAGCAGAUCCGCAAUUAUUGCUGCAACAACGAAGGCCACUUCCUCUCCCAGAAGCGCCGCUACAACGAUCUCCUGCAAGCCGAACGAGAUGCGCACCUGGCAUCUCGUCUCGAUCGCGACUACUGGCACGCGCAGACUAUGAAGUGCGCCGAGAUGAUCCGAACCGCCUACCGUCUGCGGUGCGAGGAGGAGGAGCUGCCUCUUCGUAUCAUAGCGGGGCUGCAGAACGAAGUGCGCGCCUACCGCAACGCUCUGGGAAUGGACCCAGAGAAGCCAGAGGAGGAGUGGGGAUGGGAGAUCCUUAAGGAUGCUCCCCCAGGCGUCGAGUAG